UCUGGUACGUCAGCCUUCCGUCACCAAGUAGCAAAGCCCGAAGGACGAGCAGCAAGAUAUCCUAUUGUGGCCACGAGUCCGCGGGGGACCAGCUUCAGCCCUCAGUUGUCCCCACUCCCCAAGGGGCUCUAAGACCUUUGGGAUUCCUGUCACAUUCACUCAAGGGCCUGCGAGGACCUAACAAUGAUUUUCGGAAGCCCUGGUUAAGGGCAGAAUGAGUAAGAAACAGUGGGAAGCACUGGAAGUGUGUCCUGGAAGGAGGGGAGUUUUCAGAGCCCCUCAGAAUCACCCCAGAGUUGCUGAGCAUGACGCGGGACGAGGCACUGCCAGACUCGUACUCAGCACAGGGCUUCUAUGAGAACUAUGAGCCCAAGGAGAUCCUGGGCAGAGGAGUUAGCAGCGUCGUCAGGCGCUGCAUCCACAAGCCCACAUGCCAGGAGUACGCUGUGAAGAUCAUUGACGUCACUGGUGGAGGCAGCUUCAGCUCUGAGGAGGUGCGGGAGCUGCGAAAGGCCACGCUCAAGGAGGUGGACAUCCUGCACAAGGUCUCAGGGCUCCCCAACAUUGUACAGCUGAAGGACACUUAUGAGACCAACACUUUCUUCUUCUUGGUGUUUGAUCUGAUGAAGAGAGGGGAGCUCUUUGAUUAUCUCACUGAGAAAGUCACUCUGAGUGAGAAGGAAACCAGAAAGAUCAUGAGAGCCUUGCUGGAGGUUAUCCGCAACUUACACGAACUCAACAUUGUGCAUCGGGAUCUGAAGCCUGAGAAUAUCCUCUUGGAUGAUGACAUGAACAUCAAGCUCACAGACUUUGGUUUUUCCUGCCAGCUGGAGCCAGGAGAGAAGCUUCGAGAGGUCUGUGGGACCCCCAGUUACCUGGCCCCUGAGAUCAUUGAAUGCUCCAUGAACGAUGACCACCCAGGCUAUGGGAAGGAGGUGGACAUGUGGAGCACAGGGGUCAUCAUGUACACCCUGCUGGCUGGCUCCCCGCCCUUCUGGCACCGGAAACAGAUGCUGAUGCUGAGGAUGAUCAUGAGUGGCAACUACCAGUUUGGCUCACCUGAAUGGGAUGAUUAUUCAGACACUGUGAAGGACUUGGUUUCCCGCUUCUUGGUGGUGAACCCCAAGGGCCGCUAUUCAGCAGAAGAGGCCUUAGCACAUCCCUUCUUCCAGCAGUAUGUGGUGGAAGAAGUGCGUCACUUCAGCCCCCGGGGCAAGUUCAAGGUGAUCGCUCUAACGGUGCUGGCUUCGGUGCGGAUCUACUACCAGUACCGCCGGGUGAAGCCUGUGACCCGGGAGAUCGUCAUCCGUGACCCCUAUGCCCUCCGGCCUCUGCGCCGACUCAUCGAUGCCUAUGCUUUCCGAAUCUAUGGCCACUGGGUGAAGAAGGGACAGCAGCAGAACCGGGCUGCCCUCUUCGAGAACACACCCAAGGCUGUGCUCCUCUCCCUGGCUGAGGAGGACUAAUGAGGGGCUGGCAGGCAGGAAGGUAGGGUGGGGGGCAGGCAAGGAGGCAAAGCCACAGAAAU